AUCGACAUUUGCAAAUUAUAUCGAACGGACUCUAUAAUUUUAUUAUAUCCCGAUUCGAUAAAAGACAUGGAAAUGACAACGACGACGUUCAAAUUGACGCGUGCACUUUCUCGCGAAGGUUUUACGACCACUAGCUUUUAUUUUUCGAGAUUGAACGAAUCGUCGUAUUAUGUAAAUCAAGUCGUACGACCACAUUACAUCGCGAUUAUAUCCAAUUACGAUGCCAUUAACGAGUUCUCUUUAGUAACGAGAACGUUUGAUAUGUCCUUUGGUGUCUGGUUAGUAUUGUUUACCAACAAGGCAAAUGAUCACGUUUAUUGUCACAGUCCACCAUAUAAUAUAUUUCAUUUGAAAUUCAAUACGGAAAUGUUGGUACGUUGCGGUACAGAAAAUAUUUUACGAGAGUGGUAUUCGAUCGAUUCGAAUCAAACCCAGAUCGAUGAUUUAGCAACUUGGAAUUUAGAGAAUGGAAUCAUUAAAAUGGUUCCAGAAUCUCUUUACGAGAGAAGAUAUAAUAUGAAGGGUUACACAUUGAAAGUCAUUAUUGUUAAGUCAUCGGAUUUUCUAUUUGUAAACAAAGCUGGCAAAUUAGAGGGUCUGUUAGGACGAUUGUUAAAAGAACUUCGUCUUAUUUUAAAUUUUAAUUUCAAUAUCACUUCCGAGGUAAAAACAUUCGGAAGAUGGAAUCCAAAAGAAAAUACUUGGUCCGGAGCAAUUGGGGAAUUAAAUUCUGGACGUGCCGAUAUUUGUUUUGCUGGAUUUUCCAUGACAAAUGCCAGAUUGAAUGCCGUUGACUUCACUUUUCCACUUUUGCUCUCGAAAAAUUAUCUUUACAUACAGGAACCACACAUAUUCUCGAUUAAAUGGUCAUCGUAUUUCCUAACCUUCUCUAAUUCUAUUUGGAUUGCUAUAUUUGGAAUAUUGGUUGUAACAACGAUAUUAUUGAUUCUGUUUAAAAUAAAAAUUGGAACUAAUCGUGACAUUGGAUAUUUAUUGUACGACAAUUUUCUGGAUAUAUGGAGUAUAUUUUGUCAACAGGGAUUAACAGACAUUCCAAAUAGAUCAUCGUUAAAAAUAGCAUACUUCUCUUUAUAUAUUUUGGCUGUUGUAUUAUCGGCCGCUUAUUCUGCCUCUUUGAUAAGCUAUUUGACGUCCGGUAUUCGCAAAUUACCCUUUCGAUCAUUAGAGAGCUUCGUUGAAGAUGGUACUUAUCAACUUUCAGUACCUUAUGAUUCAGCUGAAUAUGAUUUAUUUGCAAAUUCGGCAGAUCCGCUUGCAAAGAAAUUGAUGAAGUUGAUGCUGGAGGACGAAAAAUUGCCAAUAAAUGUACACGAAGGAUUUACAAAAAUUUGUGAAAAUCGUAAACUAGCAUUUUACACGUCUGACAUUCUAAAGAAUAGUGUAAAUCAUAAAAUACCAUGCAAAGUUGUUCCUAUUGAAACAGGACGUGUCGAUACAUUUUCGAUGAUUUUAUCUAAAAACAAUCAAUUCACCGACGUCAUCAAUUUUCACUUACAGAAAUUUUUUAACGAUGGAAUGAUAAAUCGUUUAAAGGACGAGUUAUUUCAAAAUGGAUCGAAUGAUACGAUCAAACAUCAACCGGUUGACAUAACCAGUGUAAUAAUUCUUAUAUUCUUCAUCCUAAUUGUUUAUAUUACAUCAGACAUGGAAAUGACAACGACAAUGUUCAAAUGGACGCGUGUACUUUCUCGAGAAGGUUUAACGUCAACGACAUUUUAUUUUUCGGAUUUGCACAAAUCAAUGUAUUACGCAAACCGAGUUGUACAACCACAUUACAUCGUAAUAAUAUCUAAUCACAAUGAUAUUAAUGAAUUCUCUUUGGUGACUAAAAAUUUUGACAUGACCUUUUCUAUAUGGGUAGUUUUAUUCAUUUACGAGGGACAUGAUCCCGAUUAUUGUCACAAUCCACCAGGUAAUAUAUUUCAUUUGAGAUUCGAUUCGAAAAUGAUAGUACGUUGCAGUACGGAAACCAUUUUACGAGAGUGGUAUACGAUUAAUACUAAUCGUACCGAAAUCCAAGAUAUAGCUAGUUGGAGUUUAGAGAAAGGAAUUAGUAGAAUGGUUUUAGAUAUACAACAUCAUAAUGAGAGAAAAAAGAAUUUAAAGGGUUUAAUUAUGAAAACAGUUUUAGUUAAGACUUCACCGUUCGUAUACAUAAACGAGGCUGGCGAAUUAGAUGGUUUACUCGGUAGAAUGUUUGGGGAAUUUAGUAUUACAUUGAAUUGUACUUUUGAAAUUGUCUCAGAGAUAGAUACGUAUGGAAGAUGGAAUUCAGAAAAAAACAUUUGGACUGGUGCAAUUGGCGAAUUAUAUUUUGGACGUGCAGACAUUUCUUUGUCAGGAUUCAGUAUGACAAGUGCAAGAUUGAAUGCAGUUGAUUUCACGUUUCCCAUUUUCGUCUCCCCUAUCUGUUUUUACAUACGGGAACCAGAAAUAUUUACGAUUAAAUGGUCAUCUUAUUUUCAAACUUACUCUCGAUCUCUUUGGAUAGCUAUAUCUGGGUUAUUAAUCGUUGCAUCGAUUUUAUUGAUUUUUCUCAAAAUAAAGGAUGAAAAUAAUCGUAACAUAGGACAAUUAUUAUCUGACAAUUUUCUAGAGGUUUGGGGUAUAUUUUGUCAACAGGGAGUAUCAGAUAUUCCUGAUAGAUUUUCAUUAAGAAUAGCUUACUUCUCUAUGUUCUUUAUGUCUGUGGUUUUAUCGGCCGCAUAUUCUGCGUCAUUGACGAGUUUUUUAACAACCGGCAUCUACAAAUUACCAUUUCAUUCAUUAGAGAGCUUCGUUGAAGAUGGUACUUAUCAACUUUCCGUUUUACGUGAUUCAGCUGCAUAUGAUACAUUUGCCAAUUCGAAUGAUCCGCUUGAAAAGAAAAUAAUGAAGUUGAUGAUAGACGAAGAUAAGUUGCCAGUAUCUAUACCGGAAGGAUUUAUGAAUAUUUGUAAAAAUCAUAAACUAGCGCUUUACACGAUAAGCUUACUGAAAGAUAUAAUUCAUAAAAUGCCAUGUAAAAUUGUUUCGAUUAAUACAGGACGUAUAGAUGCAGUUAGUAUCAUUUUAUCUAAGCACAAUCAAUUUACCAAUGUCUUCAAUUUUAAAACUUGUUUCAGUUUAAAAAAAUUUCUCAACAAUGGAAUGAAUAAUCGUAUAAGAGAUAAGAUAUAUGAAGAAAAAUCCAAUAAUAUGAUCAAGCAUCAACCGGUUAAAAAUGUCGAUGGUACAUCGAUUGUAUCCAAUCAAUUGAAAUGUCAAAAUUUUCUGAUGUAG